AGUCAUCCAAGUGAGCUUCUUUUUUUCCCUUGGCAUUGUUGCCGCUUGUCACUCCACCUGCUGGGGAGUUCUUGACGAGAUUUUGCUUGUCUUCCAUGCUGUUCUUUUUGUGGUUUUCCUCAUUUCUUUUUGUGAUCGAGUUCCAGAUGGCUCAGCAGUGCCUCCAAUAUGAAUAUUUUGACAGAUUGCUGAAUGCUUGCGUACCGUGUCACCUCCGAUGUUCUAAUACCCCUCCUCCAACAUGUCAGCAUUACUGUAAUGAAGUGAAAGGAACAAAUGCCAUUCUUUGGACCUGUUUGGGCCUGAGCUUGCUAGUGUCUUUGACAGUUUUUGUGCUGAUGUUCUUGGUAAGGAAGAUGCGCUCUCCACCAUUAAAGGAUGAAUUUAAAAGCACAGGAUCUGCUCUGCAGAAGGAGGCUAAUGCUGGCAUGGAUGGUAGAAAAGAUAGCAGGACUGGUGAGGAAAUUCUUCCCAGAAGCCUGGAGUACACAGUAGAAGAAUGUACCUGUGAAGACUGUGCCAAGAGCCAACUGAACAUCGAUUCUGACCACUUCUUUCCACUCCCAGCUAUGGAGGAAGGCGCAACCAUCCUCGUCACCACAAAAACAAAUGACUAUUACAAUGGCCUGCCAGCUGCUGGGUGUAUCACAAGGAUGGAGAAAUAGAUUUCUACUAGAUAAUUAACCAUCCUGAGUAGUGCAGAGCUACUCUCAAAAUCUUUUGUCAGAAGGAAAGGAUGAUGUACAACAUCACCUUAGGAUGCUUGUUAUCAGUUGCUGAUAAAGGUUUUUGCCCUCUAAUCCUAGAAAAUCUUUUUGUUAGAUAUAUUUCUCUAUCUUAUUGUUGGGAGCUUAACUGUAGACACUUCAUUGGUUUCAAUGAUUCAAUUCUUGACUCACUGAAGAAAAGUACUGCAAUGGGUAGGUCCCAGAGUCACACACUUCUAUGGCUGGACCUCUUCCCUCCUAUACAUGCACAUAUGCACUUCAGAACAAACUGAACUUUUCUCUUUAUUGUUAAAGGCAAGCAAGAUUAUUCUAUGCACUUCUGUAGAUAGGAGAACCCUAGAGUCAGCCUUGCUAAUUCCGUGUGCUACGCAUGGGUAGUUCCUGACCUUGUGAGUUUCCAGCUUAAUGGAGGCCUCAGCAUUACUGUAAUUAUAUAAAUAUAUGUAGAAUUAAAAACUGUGAUAAAAGGUUACUUGGUAUCAUUUUCAGGCCCAAAUAUAGGUGAUCAUGAUGGUUAUCACUUACAUAAUUACUAAUGUGCAGCGAUUGCUCUAAGUGCUUUACCUAUACUAACUCAUUUAAUGCACGAAACAAAUUACAAGGUAGGUGGACCAUUACCAUCUCCAUUUUAUAGAUUAUGACAGAAACUAAGUCAGAGCAAGGUAACACAGCCAGUGAAUGGCAAAGCCAUGAUUUAAACCAGACAUUUUGAUCUAUUUCACUUUUCUCUUCAUGUCAACUUAGUUCCAUUCCUGAGGUCUCCAUCUCUUUGGGCUACUAUCUUAGUCACUGUAGGGGGAGGGCUCCUUUCCUGGGGUUGGACAACGCUCCUGAUGAAAGGCUGUGCAACAGGCGAUGCCCUGUGGUCACCAGUUGACUUUGAUCAUCCCUAAGAGGCCCACUGCCACUGAGCAUAAAUCCUCAAGGUCUGGGGGGCUUUGUGGCUUUUGUGUCAGGUUUGGAAUAUGGGGAAACAUGGUGGGAUCUUUUCAACCACUUGAGGCCCGUCAUGGUUCCAUUUCAGGCCCUUGAGGAGAACAAACAGUACAGUGGUUAAAGCACUGGCUCUGGAGCCAGACUGCCUGGGGUUCAGUCCUGGCUGUUACUAGCAAGUUAUAGAAUUUUGGUGACUAUAAGAAAGGUACUUAACCAUUUUAUGUUACUUUUGCGCAUAUAUAUUUUUUUCCAUAAAAGUGUCUGGUUCAUAAUAAGUAAUUUGGUUAGUUACUUUGCUAUGAUGGUUUUUAUUAGUCCCUUUGAGGUCAGGUCUCUCUGAGGGCAGGCACAUGCAUUUCUUUUCUGUUAUACUGUUUCUAGCUGCUCCUUGUCCCCACACGUCCAGUACAACCUCCUCCAUAAAUUUGGAUGUUUUG